GGAAGGAAAAGAAGGGAAGGGAAGCUUUAAGCAAACGAGCCCAACCUCGCGGGGCAGUGGAAUGGAAUGCACCAGGAUCCGGACGCGUUCGGCGUGGCUCGGAGGCUCUUCGGGCGUACGGUGUACCUGUGGAGUAUGUUACUGUGCUGUAAACUCAUGUGGUGUUAUUCUGGUCCCGAAACGAUAUUAAACUGGGCUUAUCUCAAGUUAAAGCCGGGAAAGUAUUGGAGACAUGGCGUCUCAGGCUGAAGUAGGGGAGGGCGAACUUUUGGAAAUUGACAUAUGCGAAGGUGAGAUCCUUUCCGAGGAGGAGAGCGGAGUUUUUGUCAACCUGGCCACGUCGUACUCGGACGGGAUCCCUUUAUUUGGCCAAUGGGCAGUUUCGGGCCACGUAGGUCAGCCCGGGGAAAGUGCCUUGGAGAGAACCGCCGACGAGGUCACCGCGCAACCAGCAAGCCAGGUUCCUAAAAACGCCAGGACCCCUGGCGGUUCCGUGAGCUCGUGCCCUGGCAAUGGCGAAACCUCGGAGGAUGAGCCCCGAUGCCUGUCCAGAGCAUCUAUUUUGGACUGCCUUUUGGUGGAGCUUUAUGACACAUACGAUGGCUGCUAUAAGAGGAGCGCAGACAGCAUGGACAGCUCUACCGAAGCCUCCAGCUCGGACGCCUUCUUGGGAAGAAGUAAUUCCGGCUCCGCUUUCCUCCAGGAGCUGCAGGAGAAACACACUGGCCGGUAUCAGAUUAAAUAUCUGGCUCAAAAAGACCCCGAGGAGCUGAAGUCGAUUAUCUAUGAGGUUAGGUAUCGCAUUGGGAUUCAAUCUGCCAAGUUAGUCCGCCAACUGAAGAGGAAGGACCGGCUGCAUAACAAGGUGCAGAAGAAAUGCGACAUUGUGACUGCCUGCCUGCAAGCCGUGUCUCCAAAAAGAUGGGUGGACACGAGGCUGAAGUUUACCCUUGAACCUUCCCUGGGUAAAAAUGGCUUCCAGCAGUGGUUCGAUGCGCUCAAGGCAGUGGCCAGACUGCCCACUGGCAUCCCCAGAGAGUGGAGAAAACGGGUGUGGCUGACUUUGGCGGACCAGUACCUGCACAGCAUCUCCAUCGACUGGGAGAAGACCCUGAGGUUUGCCUUUAAUGACCGCAGUAACCCGGACGACGACUCACUGGGCAUCCAGAUCGUCAAGGACCUUCACAGGACAGGAUGCAGUUCAUAUUGUGGCCAAGAGGGGGAGCAGGACAGGGUGGUCCUGAAGCGAGUGUUGUUGGCCUAUGCACGUUGGAACAAGAAUGUUGGUUACUGCCAAGGGUUCAAUGUACUGGCGGCUCUGAUUCUCGAGGUCACCGAAGGAAAUGAAGGGGACGCUCUGAAGGUGAUGAUCUACUUGAUAGACAAGGUGCUUCCUGACAGCUACUUCGCCAACAACCUCCGUGCGCUGUCCGUGGACAUGGCGGUGUUCAGGGACUUGCUAAGGCUGAAGCUGCCAGAGCUCUCUCAGCACCUGCACUACCUCCAGAAGGCAGCCAACCGCAAGGGUGGAGGGAGCUACGAGCCACCGCUGACCAACGUCUUCACUAUGCAGUGGUUCCUCACCUUGUUUGCCACCUGCCUGCCCCACCAUACCGUGCUGAAGAUCUGGGACUCGGUCUUCUUCGAGGGCUCGGAGGUGCUCCUGCGUGUGGCGCUGGCCAUCUGGGUGAAGCUGGCCGAGCGGAUCGAGUACUGUCAGAGCGCAGACGAAUUCUACAGCACCAUGGGCUGCCUGACCCAGGAAAUGCUGGAGAACAAUCUGAUUGAUUCCAACGAGCUCAUGCAGAUGGUGUACUCCAUGGCUGCAUUCCCGUUCCCCCAGCUGGCAGAGCUGCGUGAGAAGUACACCUAUAACAUCACGCCUUUCCCCGCCCCCAUUAAGGCCAGUGGCAGCCAGGGGGGCCACGUGCGGGACAGUGACGACGAGGCUGAUGUCGAUGAUGAGGACUCCCUGGCCAGUAUCCUGGGCUGCCUGGGGCCAUUUGGUGGCCUCUUGGCUCCUGAACUGCAGAAGUACCAGAAACACCUGAAAGACCAGCAGGGGGAGCUGAGCCAGCCCAGCCGGAACAUCGCCGAGCUGAGCCCAGGGGCGGUGGAGGCGGGGCGGGCGGAGCACCAGGCCGCUAUCAACAGCAUGAUGAUGGAGCGCAUGAGCACGGACAUCAACGCCCUGAAGAAGCAAUACACCCGUAUCAAGAAGAGGCAGCAGCAGGCCGGCCUGCUCUACACCCGCGGAGGUUCAGAAGCACCUACAGAAACUGGGGUUUCUUCUGAUCCCCAGAGCCAGCCAAGUCUGGAUAAAUGUCCGGCCACCAGCCUGCUGGCCUCUCAGGUCCACCUGUCGCCUGUGGUCAACCACCUGCUCCUGGGGAAGGAGCCAAAAGGGCUAAGGGGCUCCAGGAAUGACCUCGUCCCGGGGCCCCUCCCCCAGGCACACUCCAGCCCGGUCCGAAACGGAAGCCCGCGAGGGCGGGCGCACUCGCCAUGGCGCGCCCACGUCCGCACGCACCGGCAGAACGUGGCACGUGCCCGCGCCCAACUGGGCUUCAUGGGCAUGGCGGAGCCGGUGGACGACGAGACGGAGGAAGCGGAAAGCAUUGGGGAAGUGGAGAGCAUGAAGCAGGAGCCAGAUCAGGAGGGCGAAGGGACGCCCCCCGAGGUGGUCCUGCCACCCCCCCAGGCAGAACUGGAGGAGGGGCUUGAGCAGGUCGAGCAGAAGCUAGCCUCCUUGGAGCUGGAACAGGAACCCGAGCCGUGUGUUCCACCAGAGACUGAAUCGGUUCCAGACUCGGACGCCCCCGUCCCAGUUCUGCCACCCCCACCCCAGCCUGGCCGCCGCAAAGAGUCGGAUUCUUCCUCCAGCUCUGAGAGCGGGAGCGGAAGCUCACUCCAGCGCAGUCCCUCAGUCGCUACUCUGAGCCCCCGCGCCCCACCGACGGCAUUCUCGCCUUUCCCCAGCGUCAAACCGCUCCGCAAGUCCGCUGCCGCCCGGAACCUGGGCCUGUACGGCCCCACCGCGCGCACCCCUACCGUGCAUCUGCCCCAAAUGAGCAAAGGUAUGAGACUCAUGGCCAACAGCGCCACCAAGAGACGAUGACGGGGACUGAAGCCGGACUGCUGUGAGACUCGCAGCCCCUCCCCUGCCUGUCUCCAUUUC